UUUGUCACUUGUCUGUCAAAUUUGUAACCCCAAAUUUCCUAAUCAUCAUAAAAAUGUUUAUAAUAAAUAUUUGUACCAGUUAACAAUAACAAGUUACGUUUUAUUAUGCCAGCGAACGUUAAGCCUUAACUUUUUUAUUUCUCCGAGAGUCAUAAGUCGUGUUUCAAGUGCUUUACUUCAGGUGCCCCUUAUCAGAUAAUACUUUUGAUUAAAGUGAUUUUUUAUGAAAGCGGUUAAUCUUUUACGUAACUUUCGCCAUGGAUGUUAUAUCCCAACACCUAACUAUUCUAAAAACCGGGGUUAAUAACUCCUUUGCUGGGAAAGAACCUUGGCAAAUAGUCACAAUCACCACGACAAGUGUGCUGUUUUUUGUCUGGCUUCAUGAAUUUUUCAACCAAGAAGAAACUGUUACCCAAAGGGCGAAAAAGACAAUUUUCAAAUUAGUCAAGUUGAUACCAAGCGUUAGACAGAAGUUUGAAACAGAAUUGGCUAAAGUUUCUGAAUCGUUUGAGAAAGAAACAGUGGAAAAGACCAAACACUUGACCUACAUCACCAAACUGCCUGAAAAAAAGUUAACCGCUGAGCAGAUUUUGAACUGCGUUGAGGAGAAUUUGAAAGUGGGUGAUUAUGACUGGAAAGGGGGCCUCGUCUCAGGGGCUGUGUACUACCACAACCCCGCUCUAAUAAAGCUUGUCACUGAAGUGUACGGCCUAACGUCCUACACCAACCCCCUUCAUCCAGACCUUUUCCCCGGUUUAUGCAAAAUGGAAGCUGAAGUGAUCCGUAUGUCUUGCAAUCUUUUUUACGGUGACGAAAACUCUUGUGGAAUAGUAACCACCGGAGGCACCGAAUCCAUCGUCAUGGCCUGCAAAGCCUGGCGUGACUACGCUCGCGAAGUGCGUGGAAUCCGGAAACCGGAAAUAAUCGUUCCGGUUACGGCCCAUUCCGCGUUUGACAAAGCUGCCCAAUAUCUCCGGAUGAGAGUCAGGUCGAUUCCGGUCGAUCCUCAAACGACUAAAGCCAACAUCAAGGCUAUGAAACGUGCCAUUAAUUGCAACACGAUUUUAUUGGUAGGUUCCGCUCCCAAUUUUCCGUACGGAACUAUGGACGAUAUCGAGGCGAUUUCCGCCCUAGGUGUGAAAUAUAAUAUUCCCGUGCAUGUCGAUUCUUGCCUUGGGGGUUUUUUGACUGUGUUUAUGGAGGAUGCCGGAUAUCCGGUACCGUUAUGCGAUUUCAGGCUACCAGGGGUUACGAGUAUUUCAGCUGAUACGCACAAGUAUGGAUUUGCACCGAAGGGGUCCUCGGUGGUGCUUUACAGGGAUAAAAAGUACAGGCAUUAUCAAUAUACGGUCACCACUGACUGGCCUGGCGGUGUUUAUGGUUCUCCGACUCUUGCCGGGUCACGUGCUGGGGGUAAUAUAGCCGUUUGUUGGGCCGCAAUGCUCAAUUUCGGGAAAGAGGGCUAUGUACAGGCUACUAGAGACAUUAUUCAUACCACGCGAUACAUCGAAAAAGGACUGAGAAGAAUGAAAGGCAUUUUUAUUUUUGGCCAACCUGCCACAAGUGUUAUCGCUUUAGGGUCGAAUGAUUUUCAUAUUUAUCGACUUGGAUCGGCUUUAAAUAAGCUUGGGUGGAAUUUGAACGUCUUGCAAUUCCCGUCGGGCAUUCACAUAUGUGUCACGCAUAUGCACACGCAACAGGGUGUCGCCGAUAAAUUUUUGAAUGACGUCCAAAACAGCCUCGCCGAAAUUUUGAAGGAACCGGAUGUCCCUGUUGAGGGAAAAAUGGCAAUAUACGGGGUGGCCCAAAGUGUGCCAGACAGGUCGAUUGUGACCGACUUCACAAGAUUAUUUUUGGAUUCAAUGUACUACACUCCGAAAACAACAUAAGUGAACUGAAGAUCACAUUAUUGUAUGGUGAUAAUGAUAACCGAUAAUAUAAAAUAAAACAAAAAGCGAUUUUUUGGUCAAAUUGGAUAAUAACAAUUGAACGCGUAACUGAUGCGAAUUUAAUUCCGUCGUCCUUGUGGAAAAUUCAUUUGUUUUUAUCGCCAACUAAAUACAUUUUAUCUGGCGUAAUGGGGCAAUAAAAACCUUCAUUAGUAAAAUAAUUCAUUUAAUGGUGUAACACAUACUCGUACAUCAAAAUAAAUAAAUUUGCAAUAA